CAUCAACUCAAUAUCGAUAGAUCAUCUUGAAGCCUUCUCGUAAAAAUCUGAAGACCAUGGUAGGACGAAGCAAAACGCUGCAAAUAACGGCAACCACAAUCAACGUGAUAAUAUUUAUCUUCCUGUUAGUAAUCAACUUCUCUGCUAGCAGACCGAACGAAGGUCCUUUCAAACAUCUGUUUGGAAACUAUUCGACCGGUGAUGUAUCUGACAAGUUCUACAUCGAAAUCACUCCAGCAGGUUGGGCAUUUUCCAUUUGGGGCUUAAUCUACACUUGGCAAGCAUCAUGGAUAAUCUACAGUUUGACUCUGCUGUGCAGAAGUGACAAUUUCGAAGUCAUAUCUCCCGUCUUGCUUUUCAUCUUCACACUGACGAGUGUCGUGAACGUAACCUGGUCAGUAUUAUGGAGUCGUUUGAUGAUUCAGUCAUGUUCGAUUCUGCUCUUUGCUAUUUCGUUCCUACUCUAUGGAGCGUUAACUAAAUCGUUCAUGACUGUAAACGUUACAACAAAGACCGUUUCCAAACGCGAUUUCAUUCUCACACAAGUCCUUGUCAACAAUGGUUUGGGAAUGUACGCAACAUGGACUACCAUCGCCUCGCUCCUAAAUAUGACAAUGGCGAUUUCUUACUUCCACGGAGUAGCCCAGGAUGUUGGCUGUACGAUUGCCCUCUCCAUCCUUGCUGUGGAAUUAAUCGUCUGGUUUGCGCUGGAGAACACGAUUUUGGACAAGUACACCCGUUACACCUUGACUGUCUAUCCCGUUGUUAUUUGGGCCCUCUCCGCCAGCAUUAGCAAGAACUGGGAUGCUGCCAAACGAAACUCCGUCAUUUCGGUGGUCCUACUCGCUGUUGCUUGCACUCUGCUUGUUGUUCGUAUCGUCAUUGUGGUGUGGAGAGCAACGAAGACUACAAAUCGUCGAUUGGAGAAUGGUUCUAUUAUAUUACGUAACAGUUGAAUACCAAGGACGAGAGUGCAUGGCGAAUAUACGCCGCAUCUAUCCUCUUUCCUUUUUCAUGUGACAUUUUUGGACAUUUAUUCGAAAAAUUGCACUUCUAAACACGAGUUUCUCAUCUUUGAUAAUUUAAUUGUGUGAUUAAGGAAUUAGGUCAUUUUGGAAUUGGACAGAAAAAAAAAAUGGAAUUUGGCAAUGAAGUGCAGAUUCGAAGAAGCCCUCAUUUCAGUAAGUUGUUUUAGUAGUUAAAAUUUUUCAGCCUACAGUAGAAUUUUCAGUUUGUUUUCUAUUAAAUUUUCUUCAAGAGAUUGGAUUUACUUUCAAGACAAAAAAGUUAUUAUGUAACCCAAAUCCACCUUUUUGGAAAUGACUCGUCAACAAGUGAGUUGAGCAUAAAUACUUAUGUAAUAUAUUUUUGAUAACUUACUUGUUGGAAAAUAUGGCGGUUACUGUAUGAAAAAGAUAACUGAGAGAAUAUUUUUGCUAGCAUAUAUUUGAAAGUUAUAACUUACAAGAGUAUUUUGUUAUUGUAUCUAUUUGAGGAUAUCAUCAGCAUGUUCAGAAAAAUACAACCAGAGACACUGACGCUCUUUGCAAAUUUAAGUAUUUUUAAAGCUUGCUUGACACAUCAUCUACAUGAAUGCAACUUAAGAUUAGUUGAUGUUACAGUUAAACAAUUUUUCAUGUUACUAUUUCAUUAAAGUUAACACUUUUCUGUA